AUGCGUGCUCAAAUGAUGGGCAACAUGUCAGGUGAUUCAGCUCAACAACAACAAAAUCCAUUUCCAUUUCAAGGACAGCAGCAGCCUGGACUAGGCCAAUUUGGUGGCCCCGGAAAUUCUUCAUUUGGUGGACAUCAACGACAACAAACUGGUUCUGGUCCAAAUCAAUUCCACCCGCAGCAAGGUUUUGGUCAUCAACAACAAACUGGUCCUGGUCCAAAUCCGUUCCAGUCACAGCAAGGUUUUGGUCAUCAACAACAACAACAAACCAAUCGUGGUCCACAACAACAACAACAUGCGACAGGCAUGGGCAAUAUGGGUGGCUUUCCUUCUGCUACGGGUGGUAACACUGGUGGUAGUUCAAAUUUCGGUACUAUUACUGGUAGUGAGGCUCACAAAUGGAAACAAGAAGCGCAAUAUGCCUUUAAUAAAGCUAAACAAAUCUCUUUAUUAACGGAAUGGCUCGGUAAUAGACAAAUAGAGUUAUCCGGCGCGGAAUGGAUCAUUGGUUCCACUGACCAGUCAAAUCAAGUAGAAGUAGCUAAUAUACUUGUUAGACAUUGUACAGAAGAUAGAGCUAAAAUGAAAGCAGGAUUCUCUACUCAUAUGCAGAGAGAUAACUGGAUAUCAGUAUUUGGGAAAUAA